CAAGGACAUUUGACGGGCGGCAGCACACAUUUCAACGCAACGAACCUUCCAAAACCAGCAUCGAUGGAUAUAGUAUCGAAGAUUGAUCGAAGCCGAUCCAAAGAAGCGGAAGAAGAUGCGGAACGGCGACGAAAAGAGGAGCAAGCAAAAAUUCUGGAGGCGAUCGAGAGGGAACGCGAUCGCUUUGAGCAAGAGAAGAAAUUGGCUGAAGAACGGGAAGCAAGAAGACGAGAACAUGAAAGGAAGUUGGAGAUUCAGAGGAAGUUAUGA